UAAUGACAAAGAACAAAUUCCCUCCCUCGUAAACAAUCCCCAAAAAAGAGAGAGAGAGCUCAUAAAGCAAGAUAAAGGGCUCCCCUUUUCUCUCUCUCUCUCUCUCUCUCUCUUCUUUUGCCCCCCUCCCUCUCGGGAGCAUCUCAUCUUGCCUUUCCCUUUUUCCAAUUCCAAUCUCCAAUCCCAUCUGGGUUUUCUCCGUAUUCGUCAGAUUCAUCUUAUUCGUUGAAUUUUUGUCUCCUUCCAUUUUCUGCGAUCAAAUUUUCGAUUUUUUUUCCUGUCUUUUUUUGGGUGGGGUUCAUGGUGUCCUCCUCUUUUCCCGAAUUGGGCAUCCCAUACCAUAAACCUAGCUUUAGCAACAGUCCCCUCAUCAUCGAAAUUAGAUGACUUAAGUUUUCCAUCUGCACUGGUUUUCUCUGGUUUCUUUGUUGCAAGCUGCGGCGAUGAUCAGGUGACAGCUAAAGCUCCGAUUUUUCCGUUUUUCCUUCUGAUUUUGUUUUCUGGGUGUUUGUCUGUUUGCUGUGGAGUUUCUUUUGUUGGGCCUCCAGAAUUUCUGACUGUUGUCACUUAACAAUUCCCUUCGAAAUUCUCUUGAUUUGGAUCUUUCCCCCCUUUGUUUUCCAUGGGACUCUGCCAUGGAAAACCAAACCCAACCCGUGAAAGGGGAGCCCCCCAACAACAGGAACAGAUCCCUCAAAUCCCCGACGACGACAACAACAGCAACAACAAUGAGGCUCCUCCUCCUCCUCCUCCUCCUUUGCCCAAACCAGAGACACCCAAACCAUCAAAGUUCCCCUUUUACAGCCCCAGUCCUUUACCCAGCUCUUACAAGAAUUCCCCGGCCAAUUCGAGCGUAAGCUCCACGCCCCUCAGGAUCUUUAAGCGCCCAUUCCCCCCUCCUUCUCCUGCCAAGCACAUUAAGGCCUUUCUUGCGCGUCGCCAUGGCUCGGUGAAGCACAAUGAGGCUUCCAUCCCCGAGGGGAGCGAGGUUGAGCUGGGCUUGGAUAAGACUUUCGGGUUCUCGAAGCAGUUCUUCUCAAAGUACGAGCUUGGUGAAGAGGUUGGGAGAGGACAUUUCGGGUAUACUUGCACGGCCAAGGCUAAGAAGGGAGAGAUGAAGGGGGAGGAGGUGGCCAUCAAGGUUAUUCCCAAAGCUAAGAUGACCACCGCAAUUGCUAUUGAAGAUGUGAGAAGGGAAGUGAGAAUUUUGAGUGCACUCACAGGCCAUAAGAAUCUAGUGCAGUUCUAUGAUGCCUAUGAGGACGAGGACAAUGUCUAUGUAGUGAUGGAGUUGUGCAAAGGUGGCGAGUUGCUGGAUAGGAUACUUUCAAGGGGUGGGAAAUACUCUGAAGAGGAUGCAAAGGCUGUCAUGGUCCAAAUACUAAGUGUCGUCUCCUUUUGUCAUCUUCAAGGUGUUGUCCACCGAGAUCUGAAGCCAGAGAAUUUUCUUUUUACUUCAAAGGAUGAAAAUUCUACCUUGAAGGCUAUAGAUUUUGGCUUGUCAGACUUUGUGAAGCCAGAUGAACGGUUGAAUGAUAUUGUGGGGAGCGCAUAUUAUGUUGCUCCUGAAGUUUUGCAUAGAUCUUAUGGUACGGAGGCAGACAUGUGGAGCAUUGGUGUGAUUGCAUACAUUCUACUCUGUGGAAGCCGCCCUUUCUGGGCUCGGACAGAGUCUGGUAUAUUUCGUGCAGUCCUGAAGGCAGAGCCGAGCUUCGAAGAGGCUCCUUGGCCUUCUUUGUCUAUGGAAGCUAAGGACUUCGUCAAACGAUUGUUGAACAAGGAUUACCGAAAGAGGAUGACAGCUUCCCAGGCUCUCAGUCAUCCCUGGAUCCGAGAUUUCCAAGAGGUGAAGAUUCCUAUGGAUAUCAUGAUUUAUAAGCUUGUGAAAGCUUAUAUAUGCUCAUCUUCUUUAAGAAAAUCAGCGCUAAGGGCUCUCGCGAAGACUUUGACUGUGUCUCAGCUCUCAUAUCUUCGAGAACAAUUUGCUUUGUUAGGACCAAGCAAGAGUGGUUAUAUCUCCUUGCAAAACUACAAGAUGGCCUUGAUGAAGAAUUCCACUGAAGCAAUGAAGGACUCGAGAGUUCUUGAUUUUGUCAGCAUGGUGAGCUCUCUUCAGUACAGAAAGUUAGAUUUUGAAGAAUUUGCUGCUGCAUCCAUAAGCGUGUAUCAGCUAGAAGCACUGGACACUUGGGAGCAACAUGCUCGCCGAGGUUAUGAACUCUUUGAGAAAGAUGGAAACAGACCUAUCAUGAUUGAAGAGCUUGCAUCGGAACUUGGGCUUGGGCCUUCUGUACCUGUUCAUGUCGUUCUGCAAGAUUGGAUAAGGCAUUCUGAUGGAAAGCUUAGUUUCUUGGGUUUUGUGAAGCUUCUGCAUGGAGUAUCGUCACGUUCCAUUGCCAAGGUCAGCAACUAGGUUAUUGGAGCAUCAGUCAGGAGCUGAACUGCAAGGCGAGGGAAACUGAAAAACGGUUAGGCUAGUUUAUUUGUAUGCGAGCGCAACCAUAGCUUGCAUGUAUGUCCUGGUAAAUUAUUUCGCCUGUGUUUGGCUGUGUUGGACGGAGAAUGUACAGAUGAGGAUAUCAAGGACCGAUGGUGAAAGGAAAUUGAAAUGUAUUUGGGUGUAUAACCCUACAAUGCCCAUUUUACUCCUAAUAAGAUUUUUAACUGUUCUUGCAUUUAUUAAGAUGUGGAAACAAGGGUUAUCGUGGAAGUGUAAGUAAUUGUGGCUUGUGUAAA